GGAAUUCCAUGAGCACAUUCAGAGCUCUGCUGAAACCCAGAUCCAGUGUCCGCCAAGUGCUUUUGAGCGGACAAGCAGCACCAUCAAAAAGGGAAACCCAUUCCUUUAUUCAAAAACCACCCGGGGCCAGGCACAGUCGCUUACACCUGUAAUCCCAGCACUUUGGGAGGCCGAGGCAGGUGGAUCACUUGAGGUCAAGAGUUCGUAACCAGCCUGACCAACAUGGUGAAACCCCGUCUCUACUAAAAAUACAAAACUUAGCUGGGCGGGCAUGGUGGCGCAUGCCUGUAAUCCCAGCUACUCAGGAGGGUGAGGCAGGAGAAUCGUUUGAACCGGGGAGGCGGAGGUUGCAGUGAGCCGAGAUCGCGCCAGUGCACUCCAGCCUGAGGACGGAGUGAGACUCCAUCUCAAAAAAAACAAACAAACAAACAAAAAAAAACCACCUUUCAGGCUGUGGCUGGGUGUAUGACGUGUCUUGGUCCACAUCAGUUCCUGGGGAAUCUCUGCUUCCCUUUCUGUGCUCCCCUUUCCCAUGGGCCCUCACCUGCCAGGGGCUGCAGAGCACGUACCUGCCAAUCUCCCGAGCACCAGCCUUGCAUGGGAGCCCCCCUGAGCCACAGGUUCUGGGCCACCUCACCUCCAGCCCAGCCCCAGAUGGAGGAAUGCAUUCUCUGGGUCUGGAGUGGGUGCAUUAACCCAUUGUCCAGGUGGCCCAUGAGACUGGUGGCAAACCCAGGUCCCCCACUGCAGCCCACCAGGCCAGGGUCCCCUGGGCUACCUCUGUCUCCAUUUUAGUUCUGACCAGUCUAAAGCAUGUGUAUCCAGGGGCCUUUCUUUGGGGUCCCAGCACCCCUCAUCAUCUCCCCCAUCAGGACUUCUAAGCCCCCCGAGCCUCCUGCCCUCAGGGACCCAGGAUGGGUCCUUUCCUCCCUGACCCUCAUUCCUAUCCCCAGCGAGGUGACAGCUGCUCUUGGCCAACCACGCCCCCUCCACCCCCACAGCUACUUCCACAUCUCCAUCAGUUCCUCCUUGUGGGUCUGAGGCGCUCUGCCGCCGGCCCCUCCCCACUUCCUCCUCCCUGGGGAUGGAUCCGAGCUAUUGUCCUGCCCAUGGCUUCCCAUCUCAGGACGCUCUCUGGCCACUGUCAUCCCAGCAGUGGAGUUCAGCCCACUACUCUGAACCAGCCGCAGGUGGCUGCAAUGGGACGGAAGCCAUGAAUGGUGCCGCCCCCGGCCCCGCCACAGCCGCCCCGGUCCCGGUCCCGGUCCCGGACUGGCGGCAGUUUUGCGAGCUGCACGCGCAGGCGGCCGCCGUGGACUUUGCGCACAAGUUCUGCCGCUUCCUGCGGGACAACCCAGCCUACGACACUCCCGACGCUGGCGCCUCCUUCUCCCGCCAUUUCGCCGCCAACUUCCUGGACGUCUUCGGGGAGGAGGUGCGCCGCGUGCUGGUGGCCGGACCAACGACUCGGGGCGCGGCCGUGCGCGCGGAGGCCAUGGAGCCGGAGCCCACGGACACCUCUGCACUCAAGGCAGCGCCCUACGGCCACUCGCGGAGCUCGGAGGACGUGUCCACGCAUGCUGCCACGAAGGCCCGCGUCCGCAAGGGCUUCUCGCUGCGCAACAUGAGCCUGUGCGUGGUGGACGGCGUGCGCGACAUGUGGCAUCGGCGCUCCUCUCCCGAGCCCGAGGCAGGAGCUUCCCUGCGCGCCGCCGAGCCCUCGGCUGAGCCCCGCGACAAGUGGACGCGGCGCCUGAGGCUGUCGCGGACGCUGGCGGCCAAGGUGGAGCUGGUGGACAUUCAGCGUGAGGGGGCCCUGCGCUUCAUGGUGGCCGACGACGCGGCCGCGGGCUCCGGGGGCUCAGCGCAGUGGCAGAAGUGCCGCCUGCUCCUGCGCAGGGCUGUGGCCGAGGAACGCUUCCGCCUGGAGUUCUUUGUGCCACCCAAGGCCUCCAGGCCCAAGGUCAGCAUCCCACUGUCAGCCAUCAUUGAGGUCCGCACCACCAUGCCCCUGGAAAUGCCAGAGAAGGACAACACGUUCGUGCUCAAGGUAGAGAAUGGAGCUGAGUACAUCCUGGAGACCAUCGACUCUCUGCAGAAGCACUCGUGGGUAGCUGACAUCCAGGGCUGCGUGGACCCCGGUGACAGUGAGGAAGACACCGAGCUCUCCUGUACCCGAGGAGGCUGUCUGGCCAGCCGCGUGGCCUCCUGCAGCUGUGAGCUCCUGACUGAUGCAGUUGACCUACCCCGGCCCCCAGAGACGACAGCCACGGGUGCAGUGGUGACAGCCCCCCACAGCCGAGGUCGAGAUGCCGUCAGAGAGUCCCUGAUCCACGUCCCACUAGAGACCUUUCUGCAGACCCUGGAAUCCCCAGGCGGCAGUGGCAGUGACAGCAAUAACACAGGGGAAGAGAGUACAGAGACGGAUCCCGAGGCUGAGCCGGAGCUGGAGCUGUCCGACUACCCCUGGUUCCACGGGACACUGUCUCGGGUCAAGGCUGCUCAACUGGUUCUGGCAGGAGGGCCCCGGAACCACGGCCUCUUCGUGAUCCGCCAAAGUGAGACUCGGCCUGGGGAGUACGUGCUGACUUUCAACUUCCAGGGCAAGGCCAAGCACCUGCGCCUGUCCCUGAACGGCCACGGCCAGUGUCACGUACAGCACCUGUGGUUCCAGUCUGUGCUUGACAUGCUCCGCCACUUCCACACGCACCCCAUCCCACUGGAGUCAGGGGGUUCCGCCGAUAUCACCCUUCGCAGCUAUGUGCGGGCCCAGGGCCCCCCGCCAGAGCCGGGCCCCGCGCCCCCUGCCACGCCAGCGCCCCCGGCCUGCUGGAGCGACCCGCCCGGCCAGCACUACUUCUCCAGCCUCGCCGCGGCUGCCUGCCCGCCCGCCUCGCCCUCCGACGCCGCCGGCGCCUCUUCGUCGUCCGCCUCGUCAUCUUCGGCUGCGUCGGGGCCAGCCCCCACGCGCCCCGUCGAGGGCCCGCUCAGCGUGCGGAGCCGCAGCAACAGCGCCGAGCGCCUGCUGGAGGCCGUGGCCGCCGCCGCCGCUGCCGAGGAGCCCCAGGAGGCCGCGCCCGGCCGCGCGCGCGCCGUGGAGAACCAGUACUCCUUCUACUAGCCCGCGGCGCCGCCCGGGUGGGACACGCCAAGCUCUUCAGUGAAGACACGAUGUUAUUAAAAGCCUGUUUUAGGGACUGCA